CUCAGCCGCAGCGCCCGCCUCCUCGCUUUCCUCUCCCGCCGCUGCAGCCUGGGCGGGGCGGUUCGUCCAGCGUGUGAGCUCGGACAUGGCAGCCGAAGAGGCGGAGGCGCCGGGGCUCCCGGAGGACGAGGUGUGGGAAUUUUGCCUGGAUAAGAAUGAGGAAGAUGGUGUUGGAUCCCCUGGAAGUAAUGUUACAGACGAUUGUGAACCACCUUGUGGGUGCUGGGAGUUCAAUCCGGAUUCCCUGGAAGAGGAUCACCUGCUCUUAACCACCGAGCUGUCUCUCCAGUCCCACAAUGAUAACACGCGCGUUGUGAGAGUGAAGGUCAUAGCGGGCAUCGGCCUGGCCAAGAAGGACAUCUUGGGAGCCAGUGAUCCUUACGUGAGAGUGACAUUGUAUGACCCGAUGAGUGGAGUCCUUACCAGCGUUCAGACGAAAACCAUCAAAAAGUCUUUGAAUCCGAAAUGGAAUGAAGAAAUACUAUUCAGAGUCCUUCCACAGCAGCACCGUCUUCUGUUCGAAGUGUUUGACGAAAACCGUUUGACAAGAGAUGAUUUCCUGGGUCAAGUGGAUGUCCCUCUCUAUCCUUUACCGACGGAAAACCCGAAAAUGGAUAGACCAUAUACAUUUAAGGAUUUCGUUCUUCAUCCAAGAAGCCACAAGUCACGAGUGAAAGGUUACCUGAGAUUGAAAAUGACGUACUUACCGAAGAACAGCGGCUCGGAUGAGGAGAACGCCGAUCCAGCCGAGGAGUUAGAGGAGCCUGACUGGGUUGUUUUGGACCAACCAGAUGCUGCUAGCCAUUUGGAGCAUCCAGAACCUUCUCCCCUCCCUCCAGGAUGGGAAGAGAGGCAGGAUGUCCUUGGGAGGACCUACUAUGUAAACCAUGAAUCUCGACGAACACAGUGGAAAAGGCCUAACCCUGAGGAUGACCCCACAGAUGCUGAGAACGGAAACAUUCAGCUGCAGGCUCAGCGGGCAUUUACCACCAGGCGGCAGAUAUCGGAGGAGGUGGACAGUGCCGACAACCGGGAGUCCCCUGAGAAUUGGGAAAUUAUACGCGAAGAUGAGAACGCUGUGUAUAGCAGUCAGGCCUUCCAAUCACCUCCGUCGGGUCACGUAGAUGUGCAGGCUCGCCUUGCAGAGGAGUUAGAUACCAGACUCGCUGUGUAUGGAAAUCCGGCCACUGGCCAGCCAGUCACCAGCUCAAAUCAGUCCAGCGGAAGUGGCGGCUUGCAAGCCUGUAUCUUUGAGGAACAGCCUGCACUUCCUGUGGACGAUCCAACAUCCAAAGUCCCUGCUGAUCUAAAAGCGAAGACACCAGUCGACCCGUCCAAUGACCUCGGACCUUUACCUCCCGGCUGGGAAGAAAGGACCCACACAGAUGGAAGAGUCUUCUAUAUAAAUCACAACACAAAGAAGACCCAGUGGGAAGACCCUCGGAUGCAGGACGUGGCAACAGCUGGACCAGCAGUGCCCUACUCCAGGGAUUACAAAAGGAAGUACGAGUUCUUCCGCAGAAAGAUGAAGAAGCAGAAUGACAUUCCAAAUAAAUUUGAAAUGAAACUUCGCCGUGCAAAUGUUCUGGAGGAUUCUUACCGGAGGAUUAUGGGUGUGAAGAAAGCUGACUCCCUGAAGGCGCGACUCUGGAUUGAGUUUGAUGGCGAAAAGGGACUUGAUUAUGGAGGAGUUGCUCGGGAAUGGUUCUUCCUCAUUUCAAAGGAGAUGUUUAACCCUUAUUAUGGGCUGUUUGAAUAUUCUGCUACGGAUAAUUACACCCUCCAGAUAAAUCCAAACUCGGGCUUGUGUAACGAAGAUCACCUCUCGUACUUCAAAUUCAUCGGGCGUGUGGCUGGGAUGGCAGUUUAUCAUGGCAAGCUGCUGGAUGGCUUUUUCAUCCGCCCCUUUUACAAGAUGAUGCUUCAGAAAAUGAUAACGCUGCAUGACAUGGAGUCCGUGGAUAGUGAAUAUUACAGUUCACUGCGUUGGAUUCUUGAGAAUGACCCAACAGAGCUGGACCUCAGAUUCAUCAUAGAUGAGGAACUCUUUGGACAGACACAUCAACAUGAACUGAAAACUGGAGGCUCGGAGAUCGUCGUCACCAACAAGAACAAAAAGGAGUAUAUUUACCUUGUUAUACAGUGGCGAUUUGUGAACCGAAUCCAGAAGCAAAUGGCUGCUUUCAAAGAGGGAUUUUUUGAACUGAUACCCCAGGAUCUCAUCAAGAUAUUCGAUGAAAAUGAACUGGAGCUUCUCAUGUGUGGCCUGGGAGAUGUGGAUGUGGGCGACUGGAAGGAUCAUACAAAGUACAAAAAUGGCUACAGCCCAAACCACCAGGUCAUCCAGUGGUUCUGGAAGGCUGUUUUAAUGAUGGACUCAGAAAAACGAAUUCGUUUGCUUCAGUUUGUUACAGGCACAUCCCGUGUGCCUAUGAACGGGUUUGCUGAACUCUAUGGCUCGAAUGGACCACAGUCCUUCACAGUUGAACAGUGGGGCACUCCUGAUAAGCUGCCAAGAGCGCAUACCUGCUUCAAUCGUCUGGACCUGCCGCCCUAUGAGUCAUUUGAAGAACUUUCGGAUAAACUUCAGAUGGCGAUUGAGAACACCCAGGGCUUUGAUGGGGUCGAUUAGAUUAUAGUAAGGAAGGGACAAGCUGUGGUGUCUCAGCCACCAUAGUUUUUAAGUAAAAGCAAAAUUGCAUCUUAACAUUUUCCAGAGUACUUCUAAAAGGUAGUUGCUGGCUCUUCCCAGAGAGACCAGAGAACAGUGCAUCCGUAGUUUCUGCCACCACCAUACUGAAGUGUUCAUUUGUCCCGUUCUUUGUCCUGUUGUUAGGGUUCACGCGACAGGACAUUUGAGUCCUGUGUGCCUGAGUUCUGACCAUAUCUCAUGUUGCUAGGCACAUCUUUCUGUAACUACUGAGAUUCCAACUGUGAAAUAUCUGUAAUGAGUAUCUGGUGGAAAAAUUCGAUGCUUUUUUGAGAUGAAAUUUGGACAAAGAUAGUCUUCAAUAUUGAGUAAACUGCGACACACUUAGUGUUACUUGUCGCUACUUAUUCUGUAGAACUUGCCUAGUGUACCUUAUUGCCUAGAUCUUUGGGACAACUUUGGAAGAUGUGUCACUAUGUUUUUAGUCACUUAAGUCACUUGCAAAAAAAAAAAAAAAAAAAAAGUAUUACUCUUCACUCGGCUGUAUUUCACAUUUGUUAGCAUGCAGCUUGAAUCUCCAGCGAUUCAGAAGACUAGCGGAGCAAGCUUUAUUUGCCAUGUGUAGUGAGUAUUAGGCCUCCCUUCUGCCUGUGCAUCCUCAAGGCUUAGUCACAGGCUACAGUUAUUAUGUGUUAGUGUAUUUAGAAUUCCUCCAAAUACAAAUCAAGCUCCAAAAAGCAGUGUUUCUAAGCAUGCCGUGAAGAACCGAGUUACAUGUAUGACUUGCCCUUACCAGCCACUUCACGCUUGCAGUCACGUAGUACAUACGUGUUUACGGAGUUCAUUAUGUUUACAGAUUAAGCGAAUUUCUGUAGUUGCAUUUUUAUAUUUUUAGUAUCACAUUAGUAUAAAAGGAUUUGUUUAAAAUAACCAAAGAGUAGUUCAAUGCAUAAUUUGUAUAAAUUUGUUACCAGGUUUCUUAUGCUUUCUAAAAAAUACUGUUUACUAUGAGAAUUAUGUUUUAUUAAAAGUCAAAAACCCCUGAGGCAAAUGCUACAGGUGGUGAGAACCACAUUGAAGUGUAGGAAGAGAACCCAUGCAUGAAUCAACACACGUAGACAGUGCCAGCUGUGUGCCAGGGCCUGAGAUAAAAUUGUCAACAGUGAAAUCAGCUCCUCCUUCAUCCGCAAGGGACCUAGAGACACGUAGAUGACUUUGUAAACAGUGAGAAAGUAGGAGUGAGCAGUCUGGGAAAGCAGAAGGAGAGGGAGGCGAGGUCCCACUCCGCCUGCAGAGCAUGUGUACCCAGACUCCUUUUAUUCAUCCUUUCAUUGGUGUGACAAAAUUGAAGUCUGCUUUUCAAUGUGCUUGCAUACGUUAAUGUAAGCCUGUCUUCUAACCCUUGUGGAUGCAGAUUAGUGCCCUGUGGGAGCUGUCAGAAGUACACAGGGCCAUUGCUUUGAGCUUGUUGGCUCUAACAAGACAAGUGCCUGUCAGCGCAUGGUAGGGAUUUCAGUGACAGUAGCAAACACACUUCCCAUAGGCCACACCAUCCUGUGGGUCAGGGAAAGUAACCCCCAUGCCAGUGCAUGCUCGCUUCCCAAGUGUCUUUACCAAGUCAGCCAGGCAUGGCCAGCCAUCUGUGCAGUCUUGAUUUUAUCGUUGACCAUCUGUGUGAACCUGCACUGCUGGGCUCCAGUUACUUAUCUGUCAAGUAUGAAUAACUGAAUAACCAUGCCCACCCUUUUGUCUUUUGAGGCCGUGGUAAGUUCUGGAAUGCUUUCCUGCUGGCCACCAGAGUCUGAGUCAGGUGCCCAAGCUGCCUUUCCUCCCAGUGUGUUCACCCCAAAACAGCGAUCUAGAGUAGGGGAGGAUAAAAAGCUACAACUGAUCCCAAAUCCGUGCUGGCAUAUGUUGUAUUCGUGUAUGGAUCUUAGCAUCAGAGUUCACUUUCUCUACAGUGGCAAAGCAACACUAAUAUGGGCUGGUGUCUUAUUUGGAUUUCCCCCAUUGUAUGAACUAAGGGUAAAACUGUCUUGUGAGAUAGACUUGUACACACUUGUUCGGUGCCACCUCUGAGAACAUCAACAGCAGAGCUUAGGAAACACAAGCUUUCUUUUCAUUAGGCCGGUAUCCCUCUGGAUGGUCCAGUGACUUCACUAGAACCUGGUGUUAAGAGUCCAGGUGCACUCUCCCCCCCCCCCCCCCCCCCACAGCCCCUCAUGCCAGUCUGCAUGAGACUGUCUCAAUGACAUCCUAUUGCUGGGGAGUUGUGGAGUCCCUUCCACGAAGUGAAGGCUGUGGACUUUUCUAGAAAAGUCCUUUAGCCUUCAUUUUCUCUGAUUCUUACCCCCAAACAAAUGAAACACACUAAAUUGCAUUAAUAAUGCAAACCCAAAUACCAUUUGUUUUAGCUUUUAAUUUAUAAUGCCCAAGUUAUUUCUUACAAUUAUCAAGUUAAACACAAUUGGGUUUGAUGAUAAGCUAUUUGACCUUGUUUUUCAAUUUUUUUCUUAUGGUAAAUGUAUAUCCAGAUUAAUGUAUCAAAAUCUAUUGCAUAAACUAUAAAAUCAUUUUCAAAUCUCAAUUCCACAAAUAAAGUUCUAUUCUAAUUUUAAAGACAAA